CAUCGGUUCACAACUUUUUUAUUAUUAUUAUCAUCGGCUUUGGAUUUAUUUUGCUCUUCAUCAUGAGCUCAGUGCACGGCGUUCGACUAUAGACGGGAAAAUUUUGGGACUCGACGUUUUCUUUUUCACACAUUCAUCAUCACGCGCGUCCCGACGGCCCUCGUCUGGAGCCAUUUCGCCUUCCCUCCCUCCGCAUUUUUACCGACAUCACAGCCCCAUUCACCUGAAGGGCGUUGACUGCUGGAAUGCAGAUCAGUCAAGAUGCGACAUGUCUCAGAUCGAGGCCCCACCACCAAGACACCCAAGGGGUUGGAUCGAUAUGACAUCCGAAUCGGGCUGGUACACAAGAGAGCGCGAACCGAGGGAAGUCGCACGCCACGACGAACAUUCGGAUUUCUAUUUUAUUUUCAUGUGGGAUUAUGGGAAGGGAUUACAAAACUGGGAACGGAUGGGAAAAAAGUCUCGAUUUCGGCACAUGCAUAUAGACUGGGGGAUCUGUGUUUGCUUUUCUCUCUUUUUUUUUUUUUUUCUCUUCCUGUUGGUCUUUAUCUGCCGCGACCCCCUUGCUUGGCUUUUACCGCUGGAUUGUUCCCUGUUUGUUCCCACACUUUUCUUUUUUGUUGGAUGGGAUGGUUGGCCCGCAGCUCAGCCCUCACGGGAAGCGCGUGGCCCGGGAGUAGGAUGUCUUAUCAGCGAAGGGAUUCUUUGCGAGAUUACGUUGGUCUGGUUUUCCUGUACUGUUUGAAUAGGUGUACAAGACUGCUGGAUGAGUGCGAGAGGGAGGGGAGAAAACAUGGAUGCUCCGGUCGUGUGGAGCACUGGGCUGGACUCAGGACAUUGAUAGAAGAUACCCCCACAGGUUUUCUCCCCUUUUACCCUCUUAGACUGUAUAGUAUCUAUAAGAAAGGAAGACGAGCUAGCUACACAGCGCAAGGGAAGCAAUGACCUUUUUCUGGGGAAUAUUAGGAUAGGAUACAAAAUAAUUACUUCAUCACGAACA